CGUGAAGUCUUAGUUAGAAUCCUAGCGCUAUUAUACAAAGGAAGACGUUAAUUGAAACAAAAAAUCGCACAUUAAAAUGGCACUAUUGGACUGUGCGAUCAAUAAAAAAUGUUGCACUGUUGACGGAGGACGGGGCAUUUGCCCUCUUUUUUCGUCCCCACCCCGGGGGAUUUGCCAGCUCAAGAGUCCCCACCCCCGGGAAUUUGCCAUCCAAGGCAAAAAAAAUGCUAAUUCCCGGGGGUCAGCCCGGGGGGGGGGCCUGGGCGCAGGUGGAAUUGACUGGUGCAUUACGCUCAAUGAACUGGUGUGUAGUCAUUGAACCACUGGUGUGGUUAUUGAUCUGUUGUCUACUUAUUGAACUGCUGUGUCAUUAUUGAACUAACAAAACAGAAAACUGUGACGUUAACUGUCUAUUUACGCCACGCAGUGAAGAAAAUAACGGCAAAAAAACAGAGAUAAUUGACCAGCCUCGUUUUCAUGCUGACAUGCAAAAUACGACACAAAAAUGUCCCCUUAUCUCGUCACUGACCCCACUUUUCGACUCUACGAACUAUCUGGCCUUAUUCAGGAGUUAUCAAAGAGCAAUGAUCCACUGUCAAACCUUUUCUGUGGCGAGGGGUGAACGAAACGCUCAUUUCUCGGUCUUGGCUCCCCGACUAUAAGACAAUUAAGCACGUGGUUGCCUGGGCAAGCAAAAUCUUACAACUGCUUGCCAUUGAGAGGACAUGCUGGAAUUGAAGUUUUUGUUUCAGCGCUGUUAUGAUACAGUUAACCAAUCGCCUCAUCUUUUAGUGGAAGGGGUAGCUGUCUGCAGCAUCCAGAGACUUGUUGCCAAUCAGAACCAGAUUUACCACCAUGGUUGCUUGUUGUUCCAAAUCCUGCAGCUCAGCCAACAUAAACUGCAGAAAUUAUGCACAGGGAAUCCACAUGGGUGCAAAGAAAGUCAUUUUUGCAGCUUAGCUACAUCUAGCAUGUACUAGUCCAAGAGUAAUUUAUUUUAACUAGCCUAAAGAACGUUUUUGAGGGGCAGGAGUGAUUAUAGUACUUCCUUCUGUAAUUUGAUUUCUUCCAAGCCUGUGAGGCAAGUUAGGAACAUAGAAGUCAAUACACAACUAUGACUUUCAUUGUACACUAAUCCACUGUACAGCUACUGUCACUGUGUUUCUGUAAAAAGAAAAGAUAACAGAUGCCUGACCAUUUUAAUUAGUCUCGCUUGUGUAAGCAGUGAGACUCAUAAUCUGCAACGCAUUGUUCACCCCCCCGGGGGGCAUGGUAGCCCCUUACAUAGGCUACACAGGUAAGUGCUGUGCCAAAGGGUAUAUUUUGUUUUAGCCGUUUUGGUCUGAAAUAGGGUAUCCAUUUCAACCAUUUUGGUCUGAAAUAGCGUAUGGUUUGUGCACUCUAGUCUUGAAUAGGGUAUGCUUUUUAGAAGAAUUAGCUACGUCUUCAUCAUUUUGGCAAGAAGACCAUUUCCCUUUUAAUGUUUACGCCAACUACCGUGUACAUCCCAUAACAGCUUGUCACAGGCUGCGGUCAUGCUCCGGGCUCCCGGGCUUCAGGUCUGAAAUAGGGUAUCAAAUUUUUGAUCAGGUCUGAAAUAGGGUAGGGAAAAUCACAGAUUUUGAUCUGAAGUAGGGUAAGGGUUUCAGGAAGCAUGCCGCACACCCCCUCGCAAUUUUUCUGGAAGUACCCCCCAGAAUUUUUUUUUGGUCGUUUUUUGGGACACAAAAGGGGAGUCAUUGUGCCAGGCGUUCCUUGUAGAGACGGUGGAAACUGGGACUGAGAAUCCAUGCAUGAUCAAAGCCACGCAUGUUUUGCAAAGAAAGCUUCUAGGAAAGAUUAAAUUUAGAGCUUUUCCCAAAUGUGUCGGUCAACGAAUUCUAUUGCUUGAAAGUGUUGAUUACUUUUGGAACAAGUAAACACUACUGAGUGGUUGAAAAAAAAUAAGAAUCUUAAUUAGCAAAAUUGCGAUGGUGGGGUGUUGUAAACUUUAACCCCUCUUGGCAUGUAAAUAAGUCUUGUUAUGAGCAUAUAUGCAAUUUAUUUUCAGCAAUGAUUGAAAUGACGUGCCAUGUAAAUCAGUUUUUCGAUCUCUGGCAAUGAUGUAAUUUCUCUGGAAUAGAGGCCCUUGAAAUUUCGUGUAUUUAUACAUGUGCAUAGCCUGCAACCGCAGAGGUUUUUUUUUUGGUCGUCGCUAACACAUGUACUAAAUCUAUUCAGAAACAAAUAAAAAGUAUCGACGUCGAUAAAGUAGGAAGUAAAAAACCUUUAGAGAGUAAACCAUGACUUGUAGAAUUAAUCGUCUCCUCAUUUCUCAAUCUAAUCUCCAAGCAGGUGAGACCUGAAUGCCUCUGUAAGCACAUUCUUGUUGAUAAUUACUACUACCCUCUCCUUAACAAUAAUCUGAAAGGACAAAAAACUUACCUUAAAAGGCAAGAAAAUUACAUUAUUUUAUUUUUUUUUUAUUAAAUGACAAAAGUCAUUCAAACAUGACAUUUUAAUAACAAAAGAAAAACAAAAGUAAGGAAUUCGGACAACAACAAAAAAUGUUAUUUUCAAUUUUUUGUUUGUCUGAGUUUUAGUUCUAUAAAUUAAUAUUGACUGUGCCCAGCACUAUUUCUAGUUCUUAUGGCGAGCAAAUGCAGUAAAGAUGAAUGUAUUCAGGAAAAUGUGGAACAAGUCCAUAUGAGGAAUAUUAGAGUGUUUCCUGUCUGUUUUUCUUUUUGUUACAAUACAUAUUAAAAAACUACCAGUAUUUCCAGUUAUUCUGAUUAUUUUCUUCUCUUGUGAUCCUGAUGAUGCAGGGCUAAGGAGGACCUGAAAAAAGAGACAGACCCCUUCAAGAAAAAGGUAAGAGGAUAUUAAUGUUCUUUUUUUCUGGAAUUCCAAGUUUCUUGUAUGUCUUGUUAAUAAUUGGUCAAUUUAAUUUAUGUCUACAAUCUUUUGUCCAUGCACAAGAACUAAUACUAUUAACAACAACAUGAAAUCUCUUAUUGUUUGCAGACAUAACACAACUUUCUCUUACUUUAAGAAAAAACUUAAUGUAAAAUGCACAUACAUUUUUCAUUUGUCCAUAACAUGGGUCAAUUUAAUAUAACUUUUAAAAGUGUAAUUUACAAUAGUGUAACUAUUGUCUUGGAGUCUGAAAACAAUAGCUACACUAAGUUUGUAAAUUAACUUGUGAAAUAAUGUCUUAUUCUUGGUUUGCAACCACGUGACCAGGCGGCCAUGUUGGGGGUCAAAACAAAAGAAUAUUUCCUCGAAGAAUUUACAUGAAAAUAGAGUUUAGUUCCCAGAGGAGAGAAAGGCUUUUGUUUUUGACCACCAACAUGGCCGCCGUGACGUCACGUGCAAACCAGCAAUUAAACUGGCCCCAGUUAUGAUUUUCUUUUUCUAGAGUACAGCUCUAGUGUUACUGCAAACUUUCUUUCUAGGUUCUUGAUGGUCGACAACUGGCUUUAAAGCUAAGUGCUAACUCAGUUUAUGGUUUUACUGGUGCUCAAGUUGGUAAACUUCCCUGUCUGCCAAUUUCACAGGUGAUUGAAUUUAAUUGAAAAUAAUUGAAAUGGACAAAGAAAAGUUUGGAAAGCAACUGAAAAGGUUCAGUGUUGUUAAAUCCCUUGCCACUCCAUUCAUGCUCCUCUAAUUUAAUGUAAUUUAAUUAAAAUUAUUUUUCGUGAAAUGAAAAAUACAUGUUUAUUUUGUUCUGAACCAUGAUUUUCAUUGAGUCUGAAUUGCUUAUUUGAUUUUUCAUAAAUUGUGAAAAUGGACAACCCCCCCCACCCACCACUUCAUAAAGAUGGGUUAAAUACUAACAGGGACAUGGCCUACUCCUAAAAAGUGUAACAAUCAUUUUUGAAAUUCAGACUAGGGACAUACGUACACUCCCCCCCCUCCGCCCCUAAGGGGGCCUCUUUAACGUCCUAAAAUACUAAACUUGAUAGAUGUGCACAAAUUAUGAGUGAGCCUGUUAAAGGUUCAAUCAAGGUUUGGGUCAUGGAAUUCUCAUACAGUUGCCCUUGAAAAAGCCUGGAAUUUUUGCAUUGCUUCAUAGAAAUUCAAACUCUGCUUACAGAGCUCUGAUUGUGUUUAAGGUUAUUAAAGUGUUUUAAUGGUCAGAUUUUCGUGUUUUUUUUUUUUUUUUGCAUCUUAGAUUUUGUAACAUAAAGCUUAUAAAUUUUGAGAGAUUGCUUACCUAGCGAAUACCUACCUUACCCAGUAAUUUUACAGAAUUUGAAAACAAACUCAUUAUACCUUCACAGAGUGUAACAGCCUUUGGCCGUAUGAUGAUUGAGAGAACAAAAGAGCUUGUGGAGUCCAAGUAUACCAUGGAAAAUGGUUACAAGACAACUGCAAAGGUCAUUUAUGGAGAUACUGAUUCUGUAAUGGUCAAGUUUGGAGUGGAAUCUGUUGCAGAGAGCAUGGAACUUGGCAAAGAAGCUGCAGCUUAUGUCUCCUCACAUUUUGUGAAGCCCAUUAAAUUAGAGUUUGAAAAGGUAAGUUUGUACUUUGAAUACUGUAAAUCCUCUUUUAAGCCCCUUUCCCGCCCCCCUCGUCCUUAUUAUUGUUUACUAAUAAAUGAUAGACUCAGGGUGCAAAGAAAGUCAGUUUUACAGCCUGCCAUUCGGGCAAGCUGUAGCUACAACCCCGGACAAAACUGUUGAGACAAUUCCAUCUAUUUUUUAACUUUUGCACCCUACUCCCGUCUCCCCUAAACACAAAAAGUAAACCUCCUCCCCACCCCCUAUUCAAAGUUGCCUUGGUCUAAAAACCAACGUGUAUAAUAAUUGCCAUGCUAUCCUAAACAACUUUGGAUAAGGGGAGGGGGGAAAUCAGACAUUCACUUGGCAGAGGUUUCAGUUUUUGCCGGGAUGACAGGAAAAAAUAGGCAUUUUCGAGAUUUGUCUCAACAGGUUUUGUCCGGGGUUGUAGCAUGUACUAGCCCACAACUCAGUCAUUUCAACUAGCCCCAAAACCCUUUUUGGUUAGCAGGAUUGAUUACAAUCCUGCAAUUUGGAUUUCCCAAAAAAAACAGCACUUGCCCAUCGAGCAAGCUAAGAACAAACAUCACUAGCCCGACAGCAAAAUCUACUAGACACGACUUUCUUUGCACGCUGUAGAUUGUUUUAAUCAAUUACAAAUGUAACACUCCAUUUGGACUGAUCCAGGAUGCUUUAUUCACCAGCUGGAAUUUCAGAUUUGUUUUUGAUCCUUGGCUGCAUGGCGUCCAACUCCUUGCCUUAAGUCUUUCUACUUUGCACAACUUAAGUUCUUUAUGAAUACAAUUGUCUUUGCUAAAUUAAAUAAGCCCCUCCCCCUCAAAUGUGUUUGAAAUAAAAAUAACCCCCCCCCCCCGGGGGGGGGGGGGGCUUAAUAGAGGAUCCACGAUUUGCAUUUGCAUGAUGUUACAUGUUAUUUAUAGGGUUGCGUUAACUUUAUCCAGUAUUUUGUUCAUGGUACAACCUCCUUUUCAAUAUUUUUUGAAUAACUAGAAUAAUUAACAUAAAUCGUACUCAAAUUAGGGCUGUAAUGUACUAAAAAUUAUAGUCCAGGGCAGGCUCAGUGCAGCAACAGCCAGUGGCAUUUAUGUCAUUGAUAACAGUUUAAAGUGUUACUGGUUGUUUGAAUUUUAGCUAAGUUUAGUCUUCAGUUCAUGUUUUACUGUGAGCACUUGAGGUGAUAGCUUAGCUGCUAGUAUACCUGUAUUUUCUGUACACAGGUGUACUUUCCUUAUCUCCUAAUCAGCAAGAAGCGUUAUGCCGGACUAUACUUUACUAAAGCUGAAAAACAUGAUAAGAUGGACUGCAAGGGAAUUGAAACUGUAAGAUCAGGAUUAUUUUGUACUUUAAAUAAAAAUAUAUUGCUCUAUUUCCAAUUUUUACAAUAACGUUACUGUUUAUAAAGAUUGUCUGUAAUAGUUCUAAACUCACAGUGGAACCCCAUCACUGCCUCCUAGAUGAUGGAGUAUUUAUAAAUUAUUUGUGCUACCUUCUUUGUAAUACAAUAUGUUAGCUAUAUCAUAACUAUUGCCAGUUGCUUUGCACUCACUCAGGAGACAGCUAGUAUCUAUGGAUGUUUGUUUCCUCAUAAUACAGUCACUAAACAUUUUAUUUUUGUUUCCCUUUUUACUGUAGGUCAGGAGAGAUAACUGUCCGCUUGUUGCAAACCUUAUUAAUUCCUGCCUGCAAAAGGUUCUCAUUGAAAGGUACCAUAAUAUGCAAUUAACUAUUUUUUUUUAUUUCCAAAGUUUAAAAACGGGUCUUAGAAGAGAUCAUAAUACACCAACUCUGGAUGACUCCACAAUUAUUAUGGAGAAUUGUCUGCCCAUGUGCACUAGGGAAAAGGUUAUUGGAAGGUCGAAUAGAAUAAGAAGUUCCUGAAGAGAGCUACAUACUAUCUUACUAUAAAGUGCUUUUGUAUUAUAUGAGGUUGUUAUGCAGUAACAUGGUGACAUUUUAACAGCAAAGAAAUGUGAGAAUAAUUAACAGUUUAUUAUCUAUUAUGACUGUAAAACAGUUCCAAUGUUAUGAACUAGUUUCAACCCCCGUCCCCUACCUGGCAAAAAUCCUUGGAUCCACCCCUACCCCCCUUUGCUAAAUUUUGUGUAAGGAUCAGCAUUUGCACUCUUCAUGGAAGCGCUACAGCUUUGUUUCUUGCAAUGAGCUUUAAAGGCAUAGGGAAAUGCAUCCUUGGAGACCCAGGGGCAGAUAGUGGGGGCGAGGGAAAGUCUAAACAGGCGGAAAAAUAUGGCACGAAGAAAAGUAAAGAACGGCGAGAAGAGCCCCUGGGGACAAUGUCUUACCAGACCAGUUCCAAACGGUCGCCGCCGUUCUGGCUUCUGAUUGGUGCCAGAAUCCAGAACGGCGGCGACCGUUUGGAACUGGUCUGGUAAGACAUUGUCCCCAGGGGCUCUUCUCGCCGUUCUUUACUUUUCUUCGUGCCAUAUUUUUCCGCCUGUUUAGACUUUCCCUCACCCCCACUAUUUGCCCCUGGGUCUCCGAGGAUGAGGGAAAUGCCUUAAAAGAUUUGUGUUGUUUACCUUUACUAUUAUUUUGUACAGGGAUCCCAUGGGAGCAGUGGAAUACACUAAACAGGUUAUAUCAGACUUGCUCUGCAACAGAAUUGAUAUCUCACAGCUGGUUAUUACAAAGGAACUAACAAAGACUGGAGAUGAGUAUGCUGGAAAACAAGCACAUUCUGAGCUGGCUGAAAGGUAGGUUUAAUAAACUAUUAAAUUGAAAAGGUUUGGUAUUUCAUUGGUUUUUAUGUAAUAAAUAGGACAUUAGAUGGCUGCUUGGAGAUACAGAAUUUCUCUUCUCUUGUUGAAAUUUUUGUAUCUGCAAGCGGCCAUAAAUAUCCUCUAUGUACCACUUUUUCUGCUAUGUCUAUUGUGGUGCAUUAAUUCAAAGCAACAUCACCAUCAUCACCAUCAUCAUUAUUAUUAUUAAUUAUUAUUAAUUAUCAUUAUUAUUGAGAAUAUUAUAGUAUUGUAAAUUUGUAAAGUGUUGUAAAUUUGUGCCUUUGAUGACACGUAUUUUAACUCUACAUGUUUUACACAUAGAAAGAAAUCCUUUUUAAACAUUUUAAAAAAUUGUGAAUAUAAAUUAUCCGAAUAGACUUAACUUGAAACGGUUUAAUAAUUAAGUAAUUAUUACUUAAGGAUAGUUUUGUUGUUGAGGUGUAGAUUAGAAGUGUGAUUUACUUGAUUAAUAAAGAUUUUGUUAUUAUUAUUAUUAUUAUUAUUAAAUUAUUAUUAUUAUUAAUUUACUUAUCAUUUUUCUUUCAUGAGUUAAAUGCUUAUAUGACAAAAACCGGUCAGAACCAGUUUAUACAAUAGAGCUACAGAGCUUUUGACAGUUCUUGUGGUUGUUUCAUGGUCAAAAAUGUUCUUAUUAUAGUUUUCAAAGGAAAAAUACUCUUAACUGCAUUUGCUCUUGACACUGUUCCCUAGAAUGCGAAAACGUGAUGCUGGUUCUGCUCCAAAGUUAGGUGACAGAGUGCCAUAUGUCAUCAUAGCAGGUGCAAAAGGGGAGAAGGCUUAUGAAAAAGCAGAGGUAAAAGAGUCAUCCAUCAUGUUCUCUGAGUUCAAUGAUUUAAUUUUGUUUAUUAUAAGCAUUCCUGGGAGGGAGGGAUAGGUUUAAACUGAGUCAAGUUUAGGCACUAACCUAACUGUCCACAAAUGUAUGCACCUUUAAUGUAGUACUUGAACAAACAAUUUGAUCUUUGUCACUCCUAAGUUUGCCAAAAGUCAAAAUUUAGGAAAAAAUAGUUGUACUUAAAGUACUGGCAACUAAAUACCACCAUUCAAAAGUACUGCUCAGUAGCUUUCAUUUCAAUAUUCAGCUGGCAGGAUUCCAUCCGCAGACACAAAAGUAAGAAGCACUUGUAAAGUAUAAUAAAGUAUUAGAACCUUGUGGCUCUCGAAGUGAGGGAGUUACAAGAAUUUUUCUGUCUUGUUUCAGGACCCCAUCUAUGUUUUGGAAAACAACAUUCCCAUAGACACAAAGUACUACCUGGAAAACCAGUUGUCCAAUCCACUGCUGAGAAUAUUUGAACCAAUUCUGGGAGAGGCAAAGGCUACUUCUGUUCUGUUAAGUGAGUAUUGAAGGCUCAUUUUCAUCUGAUAGACUUUGCAACUGUUUUAAAAAGUUGGUCGGCUCUCUGAAAUGUGACCAUCAGAUUCUUUUAGGUUUUUGUUCGUAGUGUAUUAAGAUGAAAUGUGAGCUCACUGACACACUCUGUGGGAGAUAAAAGGCGGGUCCAAUCUGAGUGUAGUCAUUUUGUUUUGAGGUUGUCGAAACUUGAAACAUCAUGGUUAACAACAGUCCUUUUUAAAACUACUCUCACAUGGAUGAUGAUAUUUCACAUACUCAUGACACUGUUUUUUAUUGAUUGAUUGAAUUUGUUUUGUUUGAGAAUUUGCAAACUGCCUACAGAUUUGGAAUAAAAGAAGAAAUGUAAGAGUAAACUGUUAAACUAAAUUGUUAAACUAAAAAAUAAAAAUAAAGGCUUGUUAGCAUAGAGAACAUUUUAGAUAUAAUGUAUUUACACUUAUUUCUUAUUUCCAGCCUGGUUUCUGUUUUAACAGGAUCUAACUUUCUUUCUUUUCAGAGGGCCAACAUACACUCACAAAAACCAUUGUCACAUCAAAAGUUAGCAAGCUGGCCAUGUUCACCAAGAAAAAAAGCACAUGUAUUGGAUGUAAAUCAGUCUUGAGUGAUGAUUGUAAGCAUUCUGCAGCCUUGUUUUUAAGGUUAUUUAUUUCCUCAAGGCAAUUAUUUAUUAAGCACAUAUAUUUAGCUAUGUGGCUCUGCCCCCCAAAUAAGUGCAGCACCUAGAAACAAAAAUAUUGUUUGAUGUUAGGGCUACAUCCUUCCAUUGACUUUCUGAGUCUUUGAGCUGAAAUGCUAUUGUUUUUGUAUGUUUCUGUUUUUUUAUGUGGAUGUUGUCGUUUUUAAACAAAAUAAACAAAGAAAAAUUUCAUACUACUUUGUAAUAUAUUUUGCAAAUAGAAAGUUUUAAAUGAGCACUGCCCUUAAAUAGAUACCAGAGAAACUUUUUGGAAAAUUUCCUGUGGAUGUAAAUACAUUAUGCUUUUGAGAAAGCGUGUCAUUAUUAUGCCCCUUCACUUUAUCAAAUUCAGUUGAAAUUAAUAGAAAGAAUUCUCUUUUAAACAUUCAGCUGCUGCUGUGUGUAAACACUGCAAACCCAAGGAGUCAGCUCUUUUUCAAAAGGAAAUUGCACAUUUGAAUGCAUUGGAGGAAAAGUUUGCCAGACUGUGGACUCAAUGUCAGAAUUGCCAGGGAAGCCUACAUGCUGAUGUUUUGUGUACAAGGUGAGUCAUGCUGACUGUGAACUUUUAAUCCCCCUCCCAAUCACUGAAAGUAGGGAGUUUAAGAUAGCAUGAUGACAACGGCAGCAAAAAUCCCACCUGAAAAAGUGACUUUGUGUUCUUUUAAAAACUUCAGCAUGAUUAUCCCAACUCGCUCACUUUUUCAAUGAAGGCAAACUCUCCUGGAGUUGAAUUCCUAAGAAAAAUAUCUCAGUCCAAACAGACUAAAUUUUUAAAGAAAUUUUUUGCCAUUUGCUUACGUUCUGGAUAAUCUGAAAUAAGGCAAUUUCAGGUUGUAGACAUGCACUGAUGCCAAAGAAAUGUACCAAUAUUAAAAGUGUGCUGCACAUGGGAAGUUGUUGUUUUCUAAACUAAUCCUAUUGCUUAUUUGACGUUCUCAUUGCCGUUGCUGUUGUGACAUCUCAAGCUCCCUAGUAAGGGGUGCAGUGAGGUGGUCAUGAUAUAGAACCCUCUCUUGAUCUGGGAAGGAAAUAGUAAUUGGGAAAAAAGUUUAAAACAGGCAGAUAGGAGAAGGCUACAGUACCUCAGGCUGUCUUGUCAAUUCUAACCCUAAAGUAAAUUGUAUUUAUGACUUAGACAGUACAGUGGAACCCAGCAUGCCUGAGUAAUACAGUCACUGACAGUUUCAUUUGUCCUAACGAAAAGCUUUAUUUUACUGUUUCCUGAGUCGUCAACUCCCAUGUAUCAUCAACUGCACUUUAUCGAUACUUUUUAUCAUGUGCACUGACUAUGACUGAAUAUCUUACCGAUGAAAACCUAACAGAAAGGGCAAAAGAACUUUCAAAGGUUCUUUCUGAUAUUCACUUCACCUGGCUUAGUCAUAAAAUAAAAGCACCAGUGCAUUAAUAUCACAGAUUUCUUUGCCAUGUUUCAAGAACAAUACUUAAAACAACAGAUAUUAUAAUCUGUGACUAUGAUAAAUGAUCGUAAGGUUUCUACCGGAUGAAGUCUUACAGCUAUUGAUAAGAAAUUUUGCACGGUUUUCUUGUAAAAAGUCUACUUUGGUCUUUAUGUUGAUAAAACAUGUGUCUGUGCUGAGUUUUUUUUUCUGGGAGCCUGCAUUACAUGGCAUGUGGCAUGGCAUGUCCCCUUGACACUGUCCAUAUUAAUGGGGUUCCACUAUAUAAUAGAGUCCAAUUUUGUCAACACAAACUUUCUUGGAAUUGUUUUCCAAUGAUUUUUUUCUCUUAGCAAUGUUAAGAUAAGUUACAUUUCCCAUGUUGGGUAUUAUUAUGAAUGUUACUGACAACAUUUUGUUCUCAUUCUUCCUUAUUUUAGUCGUGAUUGCCCCAUCUUUUACAUGAGAAAGAAGGUUCAGAAAGACCUUUCAGAUCAAGACAAGCUAAUCCAGAGAUUUGGGGACUUUACUUGGUGAUAAAAAAUGCUUUCUUGUAAUAAAUUACAUGUAUAUUGAACCAACAUUUGCAUGCAUUUUUUAAAGCGUGUGAUCAGGGCUGCAAAUAAUUUCCCGGCUGGCGCCGGUCAAAUUGUCCGGUCAAACCUAUUUUUGCUCGGACAUAUCCCAUUUUUGGCCGGACAAACAUCGAUUACGUCUUAUCGCUAUAAAAGUACCCCCUCACCCCUUCACAU